AUACGCGAACUAAGUCAAGUACCCGCGACACGACGCGCCCCGGUCUUCCCUCUAGCGUUCACUGUCUUCUGCCACCACCUCCCUUCUUCUCCACCGUAUUCACUGGACGAAACUUGCAGAAGAACGAACCAGACUGUAUUCGCCUUGUUAGCUGUCCUCUGUAUUCGCAGUUCUUUGAGCUUUGAAGAUGUACGAGUAAGAAGAAGCCUGAACCUGCCGACUACGUACUGACGUUCAGGAAAUAUGAGGGAAAUCGUGACUAUCCAAGUUGGAGAUUUUGCGAACUUCAUUGGUUCUCAUUUCUGGAAUUUUCAGGAUGAAUUGCUUGGAUUGGCUGAAGACUCCCAAGCUGAUGUUGUGUUCAGAAAUCAAUGUCUUAAUAUGGAUCUGCUCUACCGUACGGGUGAAACACAACAGGGAAUUCUUACAUAUACCCCUCGCUUAGUUUCAAUCGGUUUUCAAGGAUCCCUUGGGUCUAUGAGUUCACGUGGUACAUUGUACAAUGAGAAACAACCUGCACCAUCAGAUGUUGUCACUUGGAGUGGUAAUCUCUCAAGUCAAGUAUCUGAGCCUCAAAAGAAAAACUUGUUUUUGCAAAGUUUGUACAAAGAGGAGGAGAAAUUCCAUAUGAUGAAUGGAAACACCAGUGUUAGACACGAUAUUCAUAGCGACAUUUCGGACAAGGACAUAGUCGAAUGCCUAGAAAAUGAGGUUCAAUAUUGGACAGACUUUUCAAAAGUCCACUAUCAUCCCCGGAGUCUUUAUGAAUUGAGUGGAUUGUGGGUUGAUGUUCAACAAUUCAACAAUUUUGGGAUUGGAAGAGAUGCAUUCUCUGACAGUCUUAGAGGAGAAGAAAUGAAUGAGAGCCUUCGCUUUUUCAUAGAAGAGUGUGACCAUAUUCAGGGAAUUCAAUUUGUUGUUGAUGACUCUGGAGGAUUCUCUGGUGUUGCUGCAGAAUUUUUGGAGAAUAUUGCAGAUGAAUACACAAACACUCCAGUGUUGCUCUAUUCUGUAAGGGAUCCUGGCCAAAUAAAUCCAAGUAGUCAAAGAAGGACAGUCUGCCAGAAUCUUCAUGAUGCAAUUUCGUUUUCAAGGCUAUCAUCCUUCUGUAAAUUGAUUGUGCCUGUCGGUUUGCCCUCCCUCUGUAAAAGUAAAGUUGGCAGGUUUCUCUGUAUAGAUAAUGGAAAGCCUUAUCAUACCAGUGCAGUUUAUGCCUCUGCUAUACACUCUAUUAGUCUCCCCUUUCGAAUGGAACCACUUGGGCCCACUGAUGAAUCACUUUAUGUGUCUGGUGCUGUGGAUAUGAAUGGUGCCAUACAAAUGUUAGGGGGUCAAGCUAGGCAGAAUAUUGUCACUAUUCUGGAUGUUGCAAUGCCAGCACCACCUUUGACUGGGACUCAGGCAGAGCAAUCUGUGCUAGAGAAUUUACAUCCAUUGACCCCAGAAACAUCAGAGGACGUGGAAGAUCUGCAGGCGGUGGAAUCCUUGACCAUUCAUGGUGCCCAUGGAUCAGGUAGUCAUCGCGCUUCAGUUUCUGAGGUUAAGGAGGCAGUUCAAGCUGCUUAUGAGCAUGUGGUGACUAGGCCAAGGUUCUCUCAUUUAUCAGUGGCUUCUUGUCCCCUUCCGAUACCCUUGCCUUUUCCUUCAAUCUUUGCAAACCUUGUUGGGAAACAUGGCGAGCUGCUGGGCAGCCCCAUUUCAAGUUGCACGUCAAGAGGAUCAGUGGAUGUCCAUUCCAUCCCCAUGUCAGCAAGACUUCGUUCUAGCACAGCUAUCUUACCGUUCUUGGAGCACAGGCUGAGGAACCUUCAGAGAUUUGGCAUUCAGCGAGGGGCUCUUGGGAAUGAGUUGCUUAGAAGUUGGGGUUUUGGAAAAGAUGAAGUAGAAGACAUUGGAGAGGCACUGUCUAAGAUGGUUAUGACCCUGGAUCCUCAUUCUGAAGAAUGCUCCGAUUCAGAUUAAUUUUAUGAUGUACAAAAGACGUCGAAGAAUGUUCUUUUAGUUCCUGAUGUGAACGGUAACAUGUACCCCGGAAGUAGCGUGACAAGUUCAACUUCAAAGGUUUACCAUACAAAAGCCUGCAAAUUAGUCCAACAUGUAGCAGAAUUUGGAUACGCA